AUGCAAGGAAACUAAUAAAUUACAUCUCUGAGAAAUUAACCGCAAUACAAUCAGCACUAAUUAACUUCAAGCAGUAUCGGCAAAAUCAACUCCUCAUCUCAGAUGAAGAACUAAUAAGAAUCUAGUUCAGUAUCAAACCUUAAAAGCAUGUUUGAAUCUAAAAUAGUAUUUUUUUGUCCAAAUAAGCUUAGGAAUGAUUUGGAUAACUUUGAUCCAACUAAUGGAACUUAAGGUAGUAUGUAGAGUAUAUAGAAAAAUGCAGGUCCUCGGUAGUCAGUAAACAUCCAAAGCGAUAAUAUAAAAAAAUUGGCUUCAGUGUUUGAAAAAAAAAAUCUUGCUGCUGAAGAUAAUGAUGGUAAUAUAGACUAAUAACUGCAAGAUUUCAUUAAGAGUAAAUUGAAUUAGAAGCGCAAAUAGACCACUGCUGCGACUAGCAGCAAUAUGCACAAAAUGAAACUUGAUAUGUCUAAGUUAGAGAAUAAAUCAGUUUAGCCUUAAUAGCAGUAAACUUAGUCAUAGGCUUUUCCAUAAAAGCAAUCCUUUGGAGUCCCAUCUAAUUCUAAUGACUAUUCCAAGUCUCCUUACGAAGAAGAUCAAGAAUCUUAAUUUGACCAAGUCUUUAAUAAAUUCAAUGGUAACAAUUCUGGUAGAGGAUCUUUAGGUAACUCAACUACUUAGGCACCCAUACGUCAUGGAUCAACAAACCAAGCACCUAGAAGUAGUGUUUACAUGACUACUGAGAGAGGUAAUUAAUUCAUCGAGGAAUAUGUUCCACUGAAUGAGAAUAUCUUCAAGAAAAAAGAUGAGACCAUUAAGCAAAGACAAAGCUCAGGUAGUCCAGCUAAAAAAAUACCAGAAAACUACUAGAAAAAAGAUAAUGUGAGUCAGUAUAGAUAAGCAGUACUAAGUUAAACUCAAUCUCAAUAUAACUCAUUAACAACCUCUCAAAAUUAACCUCAGAUUUAGAUAUACGAUUCACCUGAAAGUAGAUAAAAUUAUAACAAUGAAUAUGACUAAAUCUAAAUUAGAGAUUCGAAAUCUAAAAAUGAGGUAAUUAAAGAAAAAUCUGCAGAAAACAAAUUCCUAUUAAAGGAAAAUCAAGAUUCAAACAUUCAUAAGUCACCUGCUUAAAAUACUCAACAAUAGCACUUGAUAGAUCUCUCUACCUCAAAUGAGAAAGUGCUGAUCAAAGACCUGCUUUCUAAGCCUUAGUUACAAAUGACCUAGUCCAAAUCCAAAGAUUCCUUAAAUCCUCUAGUAGAUUCAAUAAUAUUGCCCAACCCUACAACCAAACAUAAGAAAAAGCUCUCAACAUAAUACAAAUCCAACAUUUUUAAUACAAGACACUCAAAGAAUUCAUCAAUGCAUCUACAUAGAAAUUAAAACACUCAGAGCACUCACAAUAAUGAGGGAGAUAAUUCAUUUCAGGAUUAUCAAGACGAGUACUCCGGCAAAAAUAGCAAUUUGAAUUAGACUAAGCAGCAUACAUAGGAAGAUAUGAUAUCUCCUUUCAAUAUAAGACAAGAGACAAUCGAAUUAGAGAAAAAGGAACUAGCAGGAUUUGAACUGAAUCUUGAUAUGUCAAAGCUGACUUAAAAUACCUUGAAGAAUAUCUAAUUUACUGAUAAAAUUUACCCUGAUAACAUUAUGGUAGAUGAUCAUCCUUAUGGAGUAAUAGAUGAUGAGCCAAUUAUCCAGGAUAAACUUCCUAUCCCACAAGAAAAAAUUUCUAAGUCAUCUUUAAACAACUCAAUGGCCUCAAGCACAAGAUCAUCUUACUUAAGGAGGAAGGUGUCUAAGGAAUAAGUUAGUAUGGAUUCAAUGAGGAAAAGCGACGUUAUCGAGAACUAUCAGUCAAAGGAAAAGCUGCCACAAAAUCCAAUUGUGUAUCAGUUUGUGAUGAAAAAGCAUGCUUCAGUCUUUAGAUUGAAUAAAUUUGACAGUAAGUACGACAGACAGUGA